CCAAUAACGGGUGACGCCGACACUCCUGACUUCUCCGACACUCCCGACGCUCCUGUCCGAUCGCGGCCACGGCGAUUGCGCGCGCAAUGAAUCAGACCGCGCCAGUGUCGUGUAUUCCUGCGGGGAAGAUGUCGAAGGCGAAGAAGGUGCUGGACGAGGCACGGGAGAUCCAGAAUCCCGAGCUGGACCUCGCGGACAAGGGUAUCGCGACGUUCGAGGAGAUGCCGGGAUUGCUGAGUAUGAUUAACGUAACGAGGCUGACGCUAAGUCACAAUAAAAUUCAAGCGGUGCCACCGGGUCUCGCCAAUCUAGUCAACCUGGAGAUACUGAAUCUCUUCAACAAUCACAUCACCGAGCUGCCUAUAUCUCUAUCGCAAAUGCCAAAGUUGAGGAUCUUGAACGUGGGAAUGAACCGGUUGGACGUGCUUCCUCGCGGCUUCGGCGCGUUUCCGGUCCUUGAGGUGUUGGACCUGACGUACAACAAUCUCAGCGAAAAGAACCUACCCGGAAAUUUCUUCAUGAUGGAGACCCUGCGAGCGCUCUAUCUCGCCGACAACGAUUUCGAGUAUCUGCCGCCUGAAAUCGGCCAAUUGAAAAAUCUCCAGAUUCUCGUACUGAGGGAGAACGAUCUGAUCGAAUUACCGAAAGAGAUCGGCGAGCUGACACGUCUUAGGGAGCUGCAUAUUCAGGGAAAUCGUUUGACGGUGUUGCCUCCCGAGAUAGGGAACCUAGAUCUGGUGAGUAACAAAGCGGUGUUCCGAAUGGAGUUCAAUCCGUGGGUUACUCCGAUCGGCGAUCAGCUGCAAGUGGGCAUAUCUCACGUCAUGGACUACAUUCGCUCGGAAACGUACCGAUACGUUUACAAUCGACAUCAAAGUGCCAAAGGUCCACCACCUGCUAUCGAGAACGAUAAGACCAAAAAGAUCUCACGUGCUCGUUGACCUGCCCUCAUUUUCGUAUGAAUCUGACCAAAUAAUAUUUAUCUCUGCCUAAUCUUGUACGAAGAUUAUUUUUAUAAGCUAUAUACUGCCAAUAAUCGUUUAUUUAUGCUAAUUAACGAAUCAAAGAAUUAAAUGGUGCCUUUUAGAAAUAGGAUUAAUAAUGACAAGAGACACAAUACACAUUAAUAACAUUGUUAUACAUUUUUAAUUGUCUAUUUAAUAUAUACAUAUAUACGUAUGUA